UAAUCUGAUGGAAUAAUCCCUUUUCUGUGUGGACGUCGUUUACCUGAGGAGUUUUGUAUUUCACUUUAAUUUUUGGGUGGUUUUUCUCCCGAUUUCUUGCUAAUAUGUCUUCACCGAACUACAAAGUUGCUGAUAUAAAUCUUGCCGAAUGGGGCAGAAAAGAAAUAAAUUUGGCAGAAAAUGAAAUGCCUGGGUUGAUGAUGAUGAGGAAGAAGUACGGACCUAGCAAACCCUUGAAGGGUGCACGGAUCGCUGGGUGUCUACACAUGACCAUUCAAACUGCCGUACUUAUGGAAACUCUCAUUGAACUAGGAGCUGAGGUACAAUGGUCAUCUUGCAACAUAUUCUCAACUCAAGAUCAUGCUGCAGCCGCAAUGGCCAAGGCUGGAAUCCGGGUGUUUGCUUGGAAGGGUGAAACUGACGAGGAAUAUAUCUGGUGCAUUGAGCAAACACUUGUAUUCGCUGAUGGCAAGCCAUUAAACAUGAUCCUUGAUGAUGGUGGAGAUUUGACCAAACUGGUGCAUGACAACCACCCUGAUUAUCUCAAAGGAAUUGUUGGCAUUUCAGAGGAGACAACAACAGGUGUACACAAUCUUUACAAAAUGUUUAAGGAUGGGUCACUCAAGGUGCCUGCCAUCAAUGUGAAUGAUUCGGUGACCAAGAGCAAGUUUGAUAAUCUCUAUGGUUGCCGAGAGUCAUUAGUGGAUGGUAUCAAGCGUGCAACGGACAUCAUGUUGGCUGGGAAGACCUGUGUUGUUGCAGGAUAUGGUGAUGUUGGCAAGGGAUCUGCCAGUUCACUCAGGGCCUUUGGUGCGAGGGUGUUGAUCACUGAGAUUGAUCCAAUCAAUGCUCUUCAAGCUGCAAUGGAAGGUUACGAGGUGACCACGAUGGAAGAAGCUGCACCAAAAGCUCAUAUUUUUGUUUCUGCCACUGGAUGUCGUGAUAUCAUCACAGAGAAGCAUUUUACCGUGAUGAGAGAAGACGCCAUUGUCUGCAAUAUCGGCCAUUUUGAUAUUGAAAUUGACGUCGCCUGGCUCAAUAAUAAUUGCAAGAAGGAUACAAUCAAACCACAAGUUGAUAGAUACGAACUUCCUGACGGUCGUCACGUAAUCUUGCUUGCCGAAGGUCGUUUGGUUAACCUUGGCUGUGCUAUGGGACAUCCUAGUUUUGUCAUGAGCAAUUCCUUCACCAACCAAGUUCUUGCCCAAAUUGAUCUUUGGACCAACCCAAAGAAGUAUCCAAUUGGCGUUCAUGUUUUGCCUAAGAAGCUUGACGAAGAAGUUGCAUUACAUCAUUUGGGUCAAAUUGAUGUGAAAUUGACCAAGCUCACAGAUAAACAAAGUAAAUAUCUUGCAAUGCCACCAGAUGGACCCUACAAGCCAGACCACUAUCGCUACUGAGGCGUCCGUCUAUCGUUGGUCAGAUACAAUGAAAUCCUACUUAAAAAUAUAGGUAUUUUUUAAUUUGAUUAAAUCAUAUAACACGAUGUGUGAAGUUCAA